UGUUCGUGUUUUCUUUUUACUUCCUCUUCUCAGAGAUACACUCGAGUAAAUGUAGCAGUGCUGCGAUAUAAAAAUACUCCACUACAAGUGAUAGUCCUGCCUCGAAAGUGUCCACUAAGUAAAAUUUUCUCACAGCCCCUGUCCUAUAAGAGCAGGCUGUCCCCAAAUCUCUGAUUGUUUUGUCUGUAGCCAUGAACGUGACAGCUCCUCUGCUGCUGCUGCUUCUCACUGUUUGUAUGGCCAGUGGUGCUCUGCUGCCCAAGGCCUUAUGGCAGUUUGGGAAGAUGAUCCAGUGUGUCCAGCCCGGUGUUAACCCUCUGGACUACAACAAUUACGGCUGCUGGUGCGGCUUUGGGGGAAGUGGAACCCCUCGAGACGAAGUAGACCUGUGCUGUAAAAUUCACGAUAAAUGCUAUAAAAAAAGCCGAAAGACUCCUGGAUGCACAGCCAUUGCUGACCUUCCCUACAUCCGUGUUUAUGAUUUCACCUGCUCAAAACAACAAGUGGCCUGCUCAGCUACCAACAGCAAGUGCCAGGCUGCCGUGUGCGAGUGUGAUCAGGUGGCAGCUCACUGUUUUGCUCAGGCCACAUACAACCCUGAAAACAAGAACCUGGAUUCCAAAGUCCACUGUGCCAACUGAGUUAUACAACUUCCCAAAAAAGUACAAGAGAAAUGAUGGAUUUGCAAUAUUUUCAAAGUUUUAAUUUCUUUAUAAUUUUUAAAUAAAACCUGAUGUAAAAGAA